CACGAACGAAAGUGCUUGUGAUGAGCAAAGACGAUUAGUAGUGUCGAUAAGCCAAUAUUCUGCAGAAAUUAGCCAGAAUCUUCAGGUAUCUACAAAUAAAAUAAAUAACCACCCUCGCAUGUGAGGGUACUAUGUGGUGGUGCUGUUCUUCUUCCGCUAGUUCAGGACCGAUGGCUGCGAUACGCAAAAAAUUAGUGAUCGUAGGUGACGGUGCUUGCGGUAAAACAUGCCUGCUGAUCGUGUUCAGCAAGGACCAGUUCCCGGAAGUGUACGUGCCUACCGUGUUCGAAAACUACGUCGCCGACAUCGAGGUUGACGGCAAACAAGUGGAGCUGGCGCUGUGGGAUACGGCCGGGCAGGAGGACUACGACCGGCUGCGGCCGCUGUCCUACCCCGACACUGACGUGAUCCUCAUGUGCUUCUCGGUGGACUCGCCCGACUCGCUCGAGAACAUCCCCGAGAAGUGGACGCCCGAGGUGAAGCACUUCUGUCCCAAUGUGCCCAUCAUCCUGGUGGGCAACAAGAAGGAUUUGCGCAACGACCCGGCCACGAUCAACGAGCUUCGCAAGAUGAAACAGGAGCCCGUGAAGCCGCAGGAGGGCCGCGCCAUGGCCGAGAAGAUCAACGCGUUCGCCUACCUCGAGUGCUCGGCCAAGAGCAAGGAAGGCGUGCGCGAGGUGUUCGAGACGGCUACUCGCGCCGCGCUACAGGUUAAGAAGAAGAAGAAGACUAGGUGUUCUCUGCUGUAAUUGUGCCGUUGUUGGGAGACUCUGAUUUAUGAAUGGUUCGCAUACUGCCUGAACACUUACGUUUGAAACGACCGGGCUGCAGCCGCGCCGCGGGCUCUGCCUGCCGGCGCCGAGUCUCGCCGCUGCACGCACAUCCACUCAGUAUUCGUGUGGCUACACUUUCACAAUUGGUACUUGUAUAUUUUAUAGAUUAUCUAUAAAGAUUAAGCAUAAAUGCCUUAACAAAUGUAGUCGGGGACGAAAGUGGGCCCCCCUGUCUAUGGGCCCAUGGAAUUUUUGUGCUAUUCUGUCGUUAUAUAAUCAAGUAGCAUUUCUUCCUGAAUAGAUUAUUCCUCACGCCCGUCUCAAUGAGACUCGUUUAGUUUCAUAUUUUGUAUUUUAAUUUUUCAAUAAAAUAGUGAUGUAUAAUGUGUA